AUGUUUGCAUCAACUCUAGGAGGACGACCACUGAAGAUCGCGCAACAAAUCGAGAGCACAAAGUUCACGUUAACAUACGACGACCUAUCCGUCAAAGACAGAUACUAUUUAUCUCUCUUUGUUUUGCCUAAUGUUCCAUUUGAUCCAGCAUUUACUGCAUUAAUAUACUAUCAAUUCCAGGUAUUUUCAACGGGAUCUACGGACCCGGAUCGUCAUCCUACAGUAAGUACAGAAUUUAAACUCCUCGGUGGAUUAAACUUCAAAAAGCAAAGCGCAAUAUUUAAAGUCAAUCCGGGCAAUAUUGCUGAGAAAUAUCGGACUCGACGGGCUCAAUUUCCGUCAGAAGGUGAUAUUGAUAUGGAUUUAGGGAUGGACGUACCAGGCAACCAAUCAGGAUUGACUGAUCAACAACAGUCAACAGCUUCGAUAACAAUUGGAAUUUCGGUGGAGCCUACAGAAUCGGCAUCAUCAUUGCUUGAGCAACAGAAAACUCAAUCUACAGGCAAUUCGUCAUCUAUGGUCGUUUCGAAUAAACCAGGAAUAAAAUCAGGUUCCGGCUCGGCACUCGCAUUAUCAAAUGAUCUAACACAGUCACAGGUGCUUGAUUUUUCCAAUAAAAUUAUUGCCAAUGCCUUCAAUUUUCUUUCAUCGUUUGCGGAUGUAAACAACAAAGUUUCGAUGGAUAAAUUUAAUGAUUGGUGGAACAAAUUUAAGAGUAGGAUGACAAAUGAUCCCGACUAUUUAAAACGCUUAUGUGAUGCUCAGGACUGA